CAUUAGUCAAACGUCACACAAAACUUGAAAGUCAAGUCAAGUAAAGCAAAGCAAGUGUUUCGUAAAUUGCGAUUGUGACUUUAAUUUGUAUUUUGAUUUAAUGCGGCAUAACAUACUGAGUUAACUACAAAAGCAUUUUGAAAUGGAUAUAAUACUUAAUAAUAGUAGAUAAGCCUAAACAAAAGAUGAAAUCUAUAUUUAUUAUAUUAAUUGCGUUGGAGGCCUAUGUACUAGGGACUGAGAAUAUAGAUAGAAAGGAGAUCACUGAAGUUAGGGCUCUGGACGACCGGCCACUGUUGUUCGCCACGUUAGGAGGCGGCAUGGUGGCCGUAGAACCACUAACUGGAAAUGUUAUAUGGAAACUGAAAGACGAACCAGUAGUGAAAGUACCGAAUCAGCAUGCUAACUUGAUGCCACAAUUCCUUCCCGAUCCUCGGCAUGGUUUCCUCUAUAUGUACGGCCCUACUGGCGACAAGCAAAUGCUCAAGAAGUUGCCUUUCACCAUACCAGAGCUGGUCGCCAACGCACCGUGUAGAUCCACUGAAGGGAUUUUGUAUACGGGGAAGAAAAGCGAUACGUGGUUCAUACUGGAUCCCUUGACUGGAACUAGGGAACAGGUUUCAGGUUUCGACACGUCAAAGAUAUUCAAGAGCGAGUUCGAACAUACGUGCCCACCGGACAAAAAACGCGGUGUGUUCGUCGCGCGCACGGAGUACAACAUCCUCAUGCACGACUCCAACAACGAGAACCAGAUGUGGAAUGUUACCUUCUUUGACUACACGUCGCAUGCCAUGGCCAAGGAGUUGCUCAACGAUUAUGGUAUAAUUCAUUUCACUUCAACUUCAAGUGGCCGGGUAAUGUCGUUCGACAGAAAAACCGGCGACCUUGUUUGGUCGCAUAACUUCGAAACGCCCGUCAUAGCUGCUUAUUUGCUAGACAGGCAGGGACUGAUCUCUGUCCCUUUCAACUCUAUCGGCGAUGACACGUUAGACCACAUUAUGGAGGAUGCUACUACUUUGAGAAAUGGACAGGGGAUCAAAAAUUCUAAUAUCGAAUUGUACCCAACUUUAUACAUCGGCGAGCACAACAACGGACUUUACGCACUUUCUUCACUAGUGGACAAAAACACGGUUACAAUAUCUACAGGGCACAGUCGACCGCUUCUCCUCGAAGGGCCAGCUACAGAGAACCAAGCAAAAGGCGACAAGGAGACCUACGAGCCCUUCAAAAACGUUCAUUUUCAGCUCAACGACAUCAAUCUUCAUGUCACACCUCCAUAUUUGCUACUAGGACAUUAUAAAGUACCAGAACUCACGACAACAUGGAUGCCACAACUGCCAAACACGAACAUUGUGAACCAAAACAUACCCAAAAACAAUGGCAUGAAACUCAUAAAUGGCCAAGUACACUCAGACACGGAAAAAGAUGGUGAAAACGAAACUAAACAGACCCAUUCAGUGUCUGUUUCUGUACAAACUGAGGAUUUGGAGAUACAGGAGUUUUCCUUCAGGCCGGUGAUGUGGUACAAGCAGGCGUAUAUAUGGCUGCAUCAGCAGGAGAAUAAGGCUUUGAAGGUUUUGCUUAUAAUUCUGAUGGGGUUGGUUGUUACCAUGUUUUGGUAUUUACGGUAUCAGGCUCGCGAGUUUCAACAGCUUUCGCAAGGCGGUUCCCGUAGCUCGAAUGCGUCGACAUCCUCUCAGGGCGAGAUUACCGGUCAGUUGGUGGACAUCGGCGACGGCGAGGUGCGCAUCGGACGAAUCACGUUCAACACUGACCAAGUGCUGGGGAAAGGCUGUGAAGGAACUUUUGUGUACAAGGGCAUGUUUGACAAGCGAGCGGUGGCAGUGAAACGGUUGUUGCCGGAGUGUUUCACGUUCGCGGACCGCGAGGUGGCGCUGCUGCGCGAGUCGGACGCGCACGCGCACGUCGUGCGAUACUACUGCACCGAACGCGACAAGCAGUUCAGGUACAUAGCACUAGAACUGUGUUCAGCGACUCUACAAGAUUACGUGGAGAACAAAUUGAACUACGAAUGCAAUAUAAACGCAGUAGAGGUGUUACGACAGGCCACACUCGGCCUAUCGCAUUUACAUUCCAUGGAUAUUGUCCACAGAGACAUAAAACCUCACAAUGUGUUGUUGUCUAUGCCGGCGGGGUCCGGCGAUGUGCGGGCGAUGAUAUCGGACUUCGGUCUGUCAAAAAAGUUGAUAACAGGGCGAGUGAGCUUCUCGCGACGCUCUGGCGUCACCGGAACAGACGGCUGGAUCGCGCCCGAGAUGAUCAAUGGGGAAAGAACGACUACGUUGGUAGACAUGUUCUCGUUAGGGUGUGUGUUCUAUUACGUGCUGUCGAAAGGCUAUCAUCCGUUUGGAGACAUGUUGAGAAGACAAGCCAAUAUAUUGACAGGAGAUUAUAAUUUAGAUCAGUUAGACAAAGUACUGCCUGAGGAAGAAAUACUGGUGACAAAGAUCCUGAUCCGCGCCAUGAUAUCGGGCAAGGCGAACGCGCGACCGCCGUGCGAGACUGUCCUCAAAUAUCCUAUAUUUUGGGGCAAGCAGAGUAUAUUGAACUUUUUGCAGGACGUUAGCGAUCACAUAGAGAGUUCCAGCAAAGAAGGCAUAGAGCACCCUCUAGAGAAGGGCGGGAGGCGCGUCAUCCGAGGAGACUGGCGCUUGCACGUCUGCUCUAUGGUCGCGGACGACCUGCGUGCGCGCCGCACUUAUAGAGGGGACCGCGUCUCUCAUCUGUUGAGAGCCAUUAGGAAUAAGAGACAUCAUUACAGUGAACUGGACUCCAAAGUUAGGAACAGUUUAGGGAAAUUGCCCGACGGUUUUAUUACAUAUUGGACGAGGAGAUUCCCUCUCCUGCUCCCACACGUGUGGUUACAAAUGCAAAUGUACAGGACAGAGGACAUUUUGCAAGCGUACUACCCUCAUUCCUUCACAUUCAAUCGGGACGACGUUUUAGAACUAAAUGAUGACACAGAUUACAUAGAGGAAGUACCAGUAGACGUUGAUCCAGAUAUUAAUGGGCUUUUUCUCAAAAGCAAGGUUUACUAUGACAAAAAUGAUAAAGACAAAAAGUUUUAUAGUCGCUCGCCGAGAAAGGUAACCGAUUGGCGCAGUGAACAAAUUGGAUAUAGGCCACGACAAGAUGACGUAAGACUUAGAGACAGACAUUAUAAAAAAGAAAAAAAACAGGAAGAAACUCCUAUUUGGACUCUUCCUCCACAGUAAUUUAAGGCGAAAUUGUUAAUUUUAUAAUAGUGCUACAUGUGUUAUAGUUAAUUAAUUUAAUCAGUAUGCAUUUUAUACGAAAGUAAUAGACAUUAGUGGAAGAUAAGUAAUUACGAUUUGCGACUUAAAAGACAAACCGAUUUUGACGACUUUUAAAUAGUUUUAUAAUUUUUUACUUGGUUGUCAUCGAUCGGUAAAAAAUAACGGCGUAACUUAUAAUUAACACUCAAGAAAUAAUGUCUACUUUAAUGUACGUAUUUUGUACAGAAAAAGUGAUUUCUUAGGAGUGGACGUAGCAAUGAUAAGUUCUUAGGACUUAUAAAUACAUAAUACACCGUGCUACCGGCCGCGUCUAUAAUCCGCCGCUACAUGUAUGUAUCCAUUACGAGAAACUCUAUAGUAAUAAUAAAAAUUAGCUGAAGCACAUUCACACGCUAUCGAAAAAAAAUUAAAAUUGAUGAAAAAAUUUCAGAACAUCCUGUUUCAUUCUGUUUGGAAAGAAGAAGUUAAUGAACUUUAACCUAGUUUCAGAAAUUUUGUUGUUUAAUACCUACAUACCUACUAUUUUUGAUACACCUAGUCGGCGGCAGUGUCUUUACUAGGGUUGUUAAUAAAAUAUCGAUAUAUCAAAAUAUCGAUAUUAUCACUUAAUAGCGAUAAGUAUUCAUUACUAAUAUUUUUAUGGACGAUAUAUCGAUAGUUCGAUAUUGAAACGUAGAUAUCGAUACUAGAUAUUUUUAACAAGUUUUAAUUUUUUAUAUCCCUCGCAAAUUAUUUAAACUAAAACAUUAUCAAACAUAAUCUACUUUACUUUAUUUAUACUUUAUUACGUAAAACGUAAUGUAUUCGUAACGUAACGUAAUGGCGGUACGUCUUUGUCGGUAGGGUGGUAACGAGCCACGAUCGAAGUCUCCCACCAGCCAGGCCUGGACCAAAACCCCAAUCGGCCCAACCGAGGUUCGAACCCAGGACCUCCGUCUUGUAAAUCCACCGCGCACACCACUGCGCCACGAAGGCCGUUAAAAUUCCGAACUGAUCGGAUUUUAGGUUGCUAUUCUGUAGAGUGAUGUUGUACGACUGACCGACGAGUAUUCGAUCCAGAUAAUUGUUACAAGUCCAAUUCAGUGUGGUGAAUAAAAAUCGUUCGCAGAUUAUUUGAAGCGCUGACGGCCGCGUCACUCGCUCACGCACAAGUACUGAUCGGGUAUCAGAGAUUCGAUCAAUCGCGAUCGACACAGGUCUAGUAAGGGUUAACACCCGUAAAUAAAAUAAAAUUUAAUUUAAAGAAAUAGGUUAAAGUGAAUGACCUCAAAGCUCAAAGGGACCGACGGGCUGCCGACGUGACUGCGGCGAGGAGGUAGGUAGAUGUUUGAAAAUACAGGAUGUGUUAAAAUAAUCGAUUUUUGAAAGUUUAUUACAAUUGUAACUCCUUGAAUUGUACUUUGUUUUUUUUUUAAUAACACUGAUGGAUAAUAGACAUUGGGUACAUUAUGAGGGAUUUUGGUUUAAGACGAAUAACGUAGCGCGGUGUAUACAUGCUAAAAGUCAUUAGCAAGAUGACAGCCAACGUAAUAGUAGGGGAGCCGAAGAGGGGAUUUUUGCAGUUACUCGAGCGCGGCAGAUAAACAUAAGGGACGUUAUACCAUACCUUGCACGUUGUUGAGUACCUCUACCAAGUAUGAGACCAUAAUAUUGGUGGGUACGUUUA